CUCAUUCCUUCGUGUCUUUUUCCUCUACCCCACGGCCUUGCUAUAAAAGCAGGAGCGUUUCAACCUUUGAUGGCAAUAUCACUUUUUUGGUGCGUCAGACAGGAACGUCAUGGACGGGAAGACCCCACUGGGCUCUCCGAGCCAAAAGCGACAAGCCCGUCAACCAAGAUGGCGAACUCUGGCCUGGGUUGUAGCAGCUCUGCUGCUCUGGUAUAUCCUCAUACCACGACUUCAUUAUAGACUGCGACCAAUAGCUUGCCAUAACAUGACACAAGUCACGUACGAGGGCGAGAGUGUAUUGUGGGAGCGUUGCGGCGAGAUCACUGGCCAUCCCCUGGAGUGCGCCAACGUUACCGUGCCCAUGAACCACUUCGCGCCAACCAAUUCGAGCCAGGCGAAUGCAAAAGACAAGGUCUUCAUUAUCCCGUUGAUUCGAAUGCGUGCCAAGAAUGCCACGCAGAAUCUCAUUAUCAACCCUGGCGGGCCCGGAGGCAGCGGCAUCGGCAUGGUUUACGCACAAGGCGACGAGAUCAACACCAUUCUCAACGAAGGCUAUCACAUCUUGUCAUUUGACCCGCGUGGGGUCAAUGGGUCGAUUCCCAAAGCCGAGUGCUAUCCCGACGAGGAAACUAGACGAGCUAAGUCGAGGCCUCACAGGGGCGGCACGCUUUCGGACACGGGUGAGAUGUAUGCUUGGAACAAGAAUCUUGCUCGUGCGUGUUACGAAACAAUGGGGGAGCAUGCCAAGUACAUCAACACGCCCCAGACCGCCGCAGACAUGAAUAGCAUCCUCGACGCCCUUGGACAGGAGGACAUGAUCUACUGGGGUUUCAGCUACGGGACGACCCUGGGCCAGACCUAUGCCACCAUGUACCCGGAACGCUCGAAGCGUGUUGUGAUCGACGGAGUAUCAAACAUAUUCGACACUUACAAACGGCUGGACACCGAGCAGAAGAUGUUAAGCGACAGCGAUAGGGUCCUGUACGGAUUCUUCGACGAGUGCGCCAAGGCAGGGCCGGACCGCUGCGCACUUGCAUCAUUCGGAGAAACCGCCGAAGAGCUCAGGGACGUGGUCCUGUCGCGCGUGGACGAGCUCAGGGACGAGCCACUCAGUGUCUAUGUCAACAGUACGCUGUACGGCACAUUCGACUACCCGGAAUUCCUGACGAACGCCAUAUUCUACUCACUCUACGCCCCGAAGAAGUCCUGGGUCCCCUUUGCGGAGCAGCUUGCCAAGUUCCUCAACGGAAAUUCGACCGAUAUCUGGAUGGAGCACGGUCGCGCGGAUGUCUUCGCUAGCAUCGGCGAGGCCAACCGCUUCAUAACAUUCAACGACGCGAAGUCAGGGCCGGAGUACUGGCCCCAAGACCGCCAAGCAGUGGUUGACGAGAUGGUGCGCGUCACGAACCGCCGGGGGAGCCUUUUCUCGAGGAUAGACAUGUCCGGAUUCUUCGGAAGGCAACAGUGGCUCAUACCCCACACACACGAUUUUGUUCCCAAGGAGAAGGUUGAGACCGCCCACCCGCUGCUCAUUCUGACCACAAGCUACGACCCAAUUUGUCCAAUAAAAGGGGCUCUUGUUGCCCGGGACAUCUUCUUGGGGUCUCAGAUCAUAGAGUCGAAGGCGUACGGACAUUGCUCAGAUGCGAUGCCCUCGCUCUGCGUUGCCCGGCAUGUCAAGGCAUAUUUCGAUGAGGGCACAGUCCCAGAGAAUUAUACAACUUGUGAAAUUGAUGGGGAGUAUUUCCCCAGCGGUGAGGCAGAUUCAGACGUGUUGAAUAGUCGGGGUCUGUUGUCCACCGAGGAUCCUGAGAUGGAACGCAUACACAUGGCACAGAGCAGACUGGCGCAGAAGUGGCCCACAUGGUGAUGCGCCAGGAGUUUAUAGAUGAGCACAACAAAUACCCGAGUCUUACUGUGAGUUUGGUGUCCGUCAGCUACCCUAGGGUAUGUACUUAAGUAGUGACCAAUAUUGCGGAUGGACCGGCAAUUGCAAACCUUGUUGGUGAGCUUGUCUGGGUUGUUUAAAACUCGGGUGGUUUCGUUUUUGGUCCCCAUACAUAUACCACCUUUUAAAACUCAACUAUCCACCAAAUAGAAUUCGGAAUUCCCGUACA